AGCAAAGUGCAGCGAAGGAGGAAAUUCUGUGAAGAAAACUCUAAUUUUCAUUAGAAUAUAAGGAAAACCGGUGCGAUGGCUGGAUUAACUGAUGUCGAUAGCCCUUUCGUGAAAACGGAAAAAGCGUGCAAAAUAUGCAGCUCUUCAGAGGGAGAUAUGGAAUCGAUAUUCUGCGAUGCAAACGACACUAAAAUGCUCAAUAAAAUCUAUAAAUGCACCCGAGUUGAGGUAACACCAGUAUGCGGUCUAAUUUCGCCGAUUUGCGUAACCUGCCGGCAACGGAUCGAUGCAUUCGAUGAAAACGCCAAACCCAAAGUAGUUGAGUUUGUCAUUAAGAACGAAACCGACCAGGAAGGGUUGGAAUAUGAUCCGUUCAGUUUUCAGGACCCGAUGGCGUUCGGCGAACAGGAAACUGAUAUAUUUGAAGAUCUUUCCGCCAAACUCGAGGUUCGACUCGAUGAAGAGUCGGCUAAAUCAAAAGACGAACCUCCAGUUAAAGAAGACAAGAAAAAGAAGGAAAGGGUUACACGAAAAUCUAGGAAAAAUGCAGAAGAAACGCCUCAGAAAACAGAAGUUGUAGUGGUUGAAAAUACUUUUCUGAUCGAAGAAAUCAAGGAAAAUGAAAAGGAAAACGUGCCGAAAACACGAAUAAGCCGUAAAGCUAAAGAGAAACCUCCUCCGAAACCCGCUUCCGGUGAAGAAUCCAGUGACUUCGAAUGGGAAGGAGGUGAUGAUUUCGACGAUGCAAAUGACGAGAAAUUCGGCAGCAGUAGUUCAGAAGAUGAAAAGCCUUUAAAGAAGCGAAAGGAAGUACGCAAGCCAACAUUGACAAAAUCUGGGAAACGUCGCGGCCGGCCGCCAAAACCACGCGUUGAGGGUAAAGAUCAAAAGAUUCCGGAAGAGUGUAAGAUAUGUGGUAGAGUGGUGACAUACAUGCGAGAACACAUGAGACAACAUAAAAUAGAUAAGCAGCACAAAUGUCCGUACUGUGAUCGAAUGUUCGUUCAAGGCAACAACCUGAAGUACCACAUUCGAAAGCAUCUGGGUGAAAAACCGUUCUCCUGCAAUUUAUGUGAUAGGUCGUUUUACUGUGCUCCACAUUUGAAAUCCCAUAUGAAAGUGCAUGGCCCCCAGGGAUUAUUCCAAUGCGAUAAAUGCCCCAAAACAUUCAACCAAGAGGGCAAUCUUAAGAAACAUAUUCGUGUACAUACAGGCGAAAAACCUUACAAAUGUAUAAAGUGCAAUAAAGCUUUUAAUAGCACUUCCAAUCUAAAGAAUCAUCAGAGAUUACAUUCUGAUGAGCGAGCGUUUACGUGCGAGCAUUGUGCUAAAAGUUUUGUAGACAUCCAUCAUCUACAACGGCACGUUCGGGUGCAUACAGGUCAUCGACCUUAUAUCUGUCAUGUUUGUUAUCACGCCUUCAACUGUCAAAUUGGAAUUAGGGAACAUCUCAAGACGCACAUUGGCGACGUUAAAAGUAGAACCAGUAGCCAACCAAUGCCCGUUCAGGAAGUGAAUUGA